AUGGAAAUCUAUCGUUAUUUACUUGAUCUUCUACCAUCAAAUCACCCAAGUCGUAUGACAAUAUUAACAGCAUGUAAUCAAUUGGCAAAUAAAUGUUCAAUUAAUCUUGAAGAUCGAUAUAAACCUUUGAUAACUGUUUCCUCUCGUGAUUAUCCAAAAUCAUCAACACAAAUUUCAGCAUUUGAUGUUGAUGAAGCAUUAAAUUUAAUAACAACUGCAGAAAAUUCAUUACAUAUAAAAGAUUUUUUAUCAUGUAAAAAAACACUUGAAAUAUUAGAACAACGACCAAUUGUAUCAUGUGCAUAUGCAGAUAGUUUUUUUGUACGUUCACAUUUAUAUAAUCUUCAAUCAAAACUUGUAUUAAAUGAUGAUGAACAGUUACAAGAUUUCGAUCGAAAUGAUUUUCUCGCUUUAAUCGAAGAAAGUCGAUCGUAUUGUGCACAAGAUUUACGUACAUCACUUGAUAUUCUCGAUGUUAAUCGUCUACCGGAAUUAACACAACUUCAAUUAACUCCAUUAGUUCUUCAUGCACUUCAAACUUAUCUAUCUCAAGUAGCAUAUUUAAUUUUACUUAAUUUUGAAAUUGGUCUUUAUCGAAAUGCAAAAAAUUAUUUACUUGUUGGUUUAGAACUUUCAGUUUAUUUACAUGCGAAAAGAUGGUUUACAUUUUUUCUGGCACUCAAUGCACAAUUUUUUAUUUUAUCACAUCAACCAGAUUGUGCUCGACGUAAAUUAGAACAAUUUUCACAUCAUUUAUCAACAUUAGAUAUAUGUACAGAUCGUCAACAAGAUUUAUUUAUUGAUUUUAUUUAUUCAUGGUAUGAUUAUAUUAAACUUGAAUAUGAUUAUCAUACACAUGCAUAUGAUCAAAUACGUCAUAUAUGUGAAACAAAAAUAUAUUAUGAAUAUAAACAACAUAAUCUUUCAUUUGAUUGGCAUCGAUUACUAUAUCAUCGUAUACAUAUUUUAUAUCGAUUAACAUGUUUUCAACAAUUAAGAAAAAAUGAAAAAUCAUUUGAAAAUAAAAAACGAUUGGUUUGGAAUAAUCUUUCCAAUUCAGAUAAAUAUACUGAAUUUACUUUUUGGACUGAUUCAUGGAUUUUAUUUUUAACUUUAAUUGAAGAUCAACCACCUGAAAUUCUUGAUAAAUCAUCAUUAUGGCUUCAUCCAAUAAUUAUACCAGAUGAAUCAAAUUUAACUUGUCUAUCAGAAUGGACAACAAUGAAUAAUGAUAGAGAACAACAACGACAAACAGAUAGUAAAUGGAAUAAUAUAUUAUCACCACCACAAAUAAAUACAGGUCAACCAUUUGAUUUAAAUUCAAUGACAACAGAUGAAAUACUUUCAUUAACAAAUGAACCUAUAUUAAUAAAAACAAAAACUAGAAAACUUAUUGAUACACCACGAGGAAAAACACCAUUUCAAAAAGAUAAUCAAAAAACAUUAUCUACACCUAAUAAAUCAUCAACAACAACAUCGAAUCUAAUGAGUACAUUUCGAAAUAAAAUACCUAUGGAUUCAACAUUAGCAUCACCAAUAUGUACACCUAAUCGUACAGGAAAAAAACUUCCACCAUUAGGAUUAACAAAUAGUAAUACAUCAUCUCGACCACGACGUGCAGCAGCUAUAAAAGCUGAUGAACGUAUACAAAAAAUUCGUAAUGAUGAUAUAGAUGAAAGUCUACAUCGAAUAAAUACAAAUAGAAAUUCACCACGAACAUUAUCAUCACGUUUAGAUGAAAAUAAUCAUGAACCUAUUGAAUUACUUAUUGAUCGAAUUGAUGCAUUACAUAUUGAAAGAAAACUUACAUUUGAUGACGAUGAUGAUGAUGAGAAGGAAAUAAACAUAGCAACGAAAUCGAAUGAAAAACUUUUACAACAAUGUAUGCAAUUACAUGAUCGUUUAGCAUAUGCACCUAAUGCUAAAUUAAUGCGUUAUUUAGCAGAAUAUAUUAUUUUAUUAUCUGGUGAUCAAGAUCCUUGGCUUAUUGUUAGUUUAAUUGUUGGAAUGCAAGCUAUUGGUUUUCGAUAUAAUGCACUUUGUAUUUAUCAAAGAAAAAAACGUCAUAAUACUGAUCGAAGUGGUACACCAUUACCAGCAGCAACUAAUGUUUCUCCAGAACAUUUAUCUCAUUAUAUAGAUGCAUUACAUUUUCGUCCAUUAACAAUAUCCUAUUUAAAAGAUAUAUUAAUAAAUGAUCUUCUUCCAGCUAAACAAGUAUGUGUAUGUCUUCAUUCAUUUACACUUAUACGUAAUAAAAUACUUGCUGUACAAAUUCGUGGAAAUUAUUAUGCACCUGUUAUACGACGUGUUAUAUUUCCAAGAUUAUUAAUAAAAAAAUUUCAUUUUUUAAUUGAAUCAAAUACACAUACAUUACAUGGUACUACAGAGCCAAAUCGUUAUUGGGCAAUUAGAAAAUAUUUUGAACAAUUAUUUGAACGCCUUCUUGAAGAUUUAAAUCAAGUUUAUUUAACAUCACCAAUCAGAUGGUGGUGGUUACCUGAAACAAGUAUAUUCGAUGGAAAAAAAGCUAUGAUUGAUGAUCUUCUUACACCAUUAACAAAUUCACAUCAACAACGUCGAUACAUUGAAUUUUUUCUUCAUCAAACAAUAUUUUAUUUAACUUCAUUGGACGAUAUUCGUCAAGAACUAUCAAUAAAUUUGCCAUCAUCAAUUUAUUCUCAACUUGUAUCAAGUCGUUUAAUUGAACGUUUAUUUGAAUUUAAACUACGUACUUAUACAACAGCAACAUCAUCAUUGUCAUCAAAUCUUCGUUCACCACAAAAUCUUUUACUUUUUCUUGAUAAUCAUUUACAUAUAUUUCCAUGGGAACAACUUCAUUGUAUGACAUCUCUCUUUCGUCGAAUAGUUAUUUAUCGUUUGCCAUCAGUUUUACUUCUUGAUGGUAUGCAUAAAUAUUAUUAUAAUUCAUCAUCUGAAUCAGAACAACAAAAUAAUGUUGAAAAUAAUGAUAUGACAAUAAUACCAAUUGAAAAAACAUUUUAUCAUCGUAUUGAUGUUGAUAAAGGUUAUUAUAUAGUUGAUCCUGGUAAUGAUCUACCUCGAACAAAAGAACGUUUUCGUAAAUUUCAAAAUGAAAAACCAGAUUUAAUUGAAAAAUGGAAUGGAGUUAUUGAACGUUUUCCAACUAAUGAUGCAAUUAAAGAUAUAUUCAAAUCAAAAGAUGUACUUUUAUAUAUGGGUCAUGGUUCAGGUAGUCAAUUUUAUCCCGUUGAUGAUGUACAAAAAAAUUCUUCUCGUUUAUGUGUUUUAUUAAUGGGUUGUUCAAGUGCACGCUUACAAUCAUUAGGUGAUUUUGAAGUUUUUGGAAUGCCAUUUGCUUAUUUAACAUGUGGAGCUGCAACAAUUCUUGGAUGUUUAUGGGAUGUAACCGAUCGUGAUAUAGAUAGUUUAACAUUUUUUUUACUUGAACAACUUAAAGCAGGUGCAUCACUUGGUGAAGCAUUACGUUAUGGUCGUGAUUUAUGUAAAUUAAAAUGUUUAAAUGGUGCUGCACCAGUUAUUUAUGGUUUACCUGUACGAGCGCUUUAA